UUUUUUUUUUACUUUAUUCUAAUAAUUCAAUGUCACAAGAUCGUCAGUGGAAUGUCCUUCUAGGAGCUACUGGCAGUGUUGCAAGUAUAAAAUUACCAAUGAUUGUGGAUGAAUUGAAUAAGAAACCUGGUAUUAAUGUCAAAGUGGUACCUACAGCAGCUUCAUACUUUUUUUUCAAGGAUGCCAAAGUCAAUGCCACUAUUCAUACAGAUGAAGAAGAAUGGUCUAUGUGGAAGAAGAAAACUGAUCCAGUAUUACAUAUUGAAUUACGGAAAUGGGCCGACAUUAUGGUAAUUGCUCCUUUGGAUGCCAACACACUUGCCAAAAUAGCUAAUGGUAUCUGUGAUAACUUAUUGACUAGUAUACUACGUGCAUGGGAUACAAAUAGACCGGUUCUCGUUUGUCCCGCAAUGAAUACCAACAUGUGGGUUCAUCCAUUUACAAGCAAGCAUUUAUCUGUCCUGGAAGAUACAUUUGACUUCAAAAUCGUGGCUCCCAUCAGCAAAACUUUGGCAUGUGGUGAUACUGGUGUUGGUGCCAUGGCUGAACCUGAAACUAUUGCUGCAAGAGUAUUUGAACUUUUAGUAGAAGAGGACAGAGUUCGCAAUGAAGACAUCAUCUCUCCUGAUGAACGUGAAUUGGCUUGAUCUGAAGAACUGUAUAUUAUUAUUUGUAUAUUUAUUAGUUAUUUAUCAAGUAUUUUUUUUUUUUUUU